GAUAACCGAAGCUCCCCCGCGCGAAAAGCCAACCCAUGUCACAGGGCAAUGACAAACGGUCCCGGGAAUGCAACACUCGUAGCGGUCCCACUUGUCAGGGUUCAUCUACCUCCAGCUUUCGGUCGCGGUCUCGUGGCUUCACCUUGUCUUCUUCCCAUCCCAACCUUUCGUUUCGAGCCGGAAAAAAAGUAAAAACACGAACAGUGUCAAAUACAAACGCACGCUAUAAUCGCCUCGGAGCUCACAGCGGUCCGAGGGCGAGUCUUCUAGAAGCUUCCGUCCGCUGCCCCCACGACACCGCCGCGGUGGCGCCGUCCACGUCCCAGACGCAGGGCCUCUCCCGCCGCAACACCGCCUCCUCCGCCGAGCCGAAUCCGUCGGAGGCACCGACCACCAGCCUCGCCGGCGCCCUCGCGCGCGAGCGGACCAAGCGCCGCGGUGAGCCGUUGGAGGACGCCGAGGCGGUUCCCUUCUGGCAGAGAACUUGGUUCCUCCUCCUGCUGCUUGCUAUGGCCACGGCGUCUUUCGCGCUCGCCCUGCUGCUCUACCUCGGCCUCGACCUCCCCGAGGCGUCACCGGCACAAUCCUACGCCGCCGACCCGGACAACGUUGUUGAGAUUUCGUACGGAUCAGUGAUCAAGUUGAUGCAUGAGAGAACCAAGUUUCGGUUGCAUUCCCACGACGUGCCGUAUGGAUCUGGGAGCGGCCAGCAGUCAGUCACCAGCUUCCCCAAUGUGGAUGACGCCAACAGCUACUGGAUCGUGAGACCUCAACCAGAUACUUCAGCAAAACAAGGUGAUGCUAUAACACAUGGAACAACUAUAAGGCUUCAACAUAUGAGGACUAGAAAGUGGUUGCACAGCCAUCUGCAUGCUUCUCCCAUUACGGGAAAUAUGGAGGUAGAUACUCCCUCUGUCCACUAUAAAAAAGUUGAUCACUACGCACCAUCAUCGCGCCACAUCGGAUGGGUUAGUUGCUUUGGUGGUGAGGUUGAGUCAGAUACUGGAGACUACUGGAUGCUUGAGAUCGAAGGCAAUGUAAAGACAUGGCGGCAAAACCAGAGAAUUCGGCUCCGCCACGUUGACACGGGUGGUUAUCUGCACAGCCAUGAUCGAAAGUACACCCGCAUUGCGGGUGGACAGCAAGAGGUAUGCGGUGUUGGCGACAAGCGCCCUGACAAUGUCUGGCUUGCAGCUGAAGGCGUCUACGUCCCGGUGAGCCAGCGCAAAUAGCUGUAUUGCUGCAUGAGAUGUACCAUCACCGAAAUAACAAGUCCCUUGUGCGAUUAGAGUUGUAAUAAUUAGAAUAUUUUUACCAUGCUGAGCUCAGUUCACCUGAGCUAUUAAUGUAACUUAAGUUUGUUUUGUAUGAACAAAAGAGCACGUGAUGUAGCUGAGUAGCUGAGAGCCACUUCAUCCCUGCUCUGCUUUUCGUCGAAGUACGUAAAGAAGCUCAGAGGAGUGCUGUGCCAGGGCGACAUGCUUGUUUUGGCACGGGAUACCUUGGAUCGGCAUUUAGAUCAGACAGGAGCACUACGACAGAGGCGAAAUCCCAUCCAUGUCAAGAGAAGCUUUAAUUCCGUCCGAUGGUGCAAGACGAGAGGAAAGCCGAAGGCCAAAGGCAACAGAACUAAAACGGAAUGCCAAAGCUGGGCGCCCAGUAGCACAACCGGCAACGAGGAGUGUCUUGUGCUUUAUUUGUGGCUAACUAGUAGUUUUGCACGCGUCUC